UAUUUUUCAAAUGCAAGCCCUGGAAAAUACACUUAGGCUAGUUGCAAUGUAUUGAUUUGAUUCUCAUUGAAAUGAGAAUAUUGAAAAAAUAUUUUAAUUUAUUAUAUAGUUUAUUUUGAAUCCAUCGACAGUGAUAGGGAGAACCCCACUGCUGUGUACGUGAUUUUUUUGUUCUGGACCAGACCAGUUAAUAAGAGCUUAUACCGAAACUUGACCAGACUGAAUUAGAAUUGGACAGUUUGAACUUUGAAGCGAAUCCAACCGAUUCCUGUUGCUUAACAUUUUGAACUAACCGAACCAGACUAUUUUUUUUUUUUAACAAUUCACAGACCGAACUGAACCGAUGUUAUUUGAAAUGAGACUAAUUCGGACCAGACCAAUUUGUUUUCAUACAAUUAACAGACAGAACUGUACCGAUGUUAUUUUAAGUAAAAUCAAAAUGAGAAUAGAGUUGACUUGAGUACCUACUUGACAAUAAACUGGUGGCAAUUGGCAACAGUCGUCUGGCGUCGAUUACUGAUCAGUCGAUAAAAAAAUACAACAAUAAUAAAUUCCAAUAUGUUUACAUAAUACUUGGAAACAUAAACCUAUAGACUCAUUGACAUUGCAAUCCACUUCGCCCUGCCAUAAAUACUAGGCGAAUAUAUUAGAACCAUAUAACUGAGAAAAGAAGAGAGAGAAAAAACAUAAAUUAGUGAAGGAGCCCUCAUAAAAAACUGUAGGUAAUAGGUAUACAUUUUUCUAUUUAGAUUCUUUUCUCACUCACUCUAUAUUAUACUACUGACCUUUCUCUCUCUAAUCGUUGUCUAUUAGUUUAUAGGUCUAUGCUUGGAAAUAUUUUAUAAUUUAUUACUUUGAAGCUAAGAUUCUAUAAUAGAUAUACGUGAUUAAUUAUAAGGAUUUGACAAUUCUACAUAAUGUCACACCACGAUUUUAUAUUUAUACGUUAUACACUAUUUCGAUUGUUGUAUCAGUAAGAUCAGUCUUAGUCUUGCAGAGCCAUUGCAGUCUUGCAGCAAGACCAAGACGAUUUUGCUCAUCACUAGCGAACUGGGUGAACUGACUCUUAAGCUAAAACGUCACCCGCCGUGUUAAGGUUUGGACCUUAAAGUGUCUAUAACAUAACAUAUGGUAAUAAACUGAUGAACAUUAAUACAUUUAUUUUAUCAGCUAAUCAUUGUAUAAUAAUAAUACAUUAUUUUCAAUUGAAAAUUUUAUUUUUUUAUUUUUCCAUUGCAAACUUAAUAAUUGACCUCGAUAAAUGUUCUUUUCACGGUAAAGGCGUCUCAAUGCGUCCGCGAGUACUAUUGCAGCACACACGUUUUUUUUUCUACCCAGUAACUUAGCUUAUUUCAACAUUUUUGUGUAAUUUUUUAAGUAUUAAAAUCAUAUCGAUAUAGUUAGGUAUAUGAUCAGUGUAAUGCGGUAUUAUCAAUAAUUAUCAAGUCGAACGGCAGACGCAAGGACUAGUGUAAUAAUAGGUUACCGACAUGUAUGUGUAAGUACGUGCUGCAAUAAUAGUACGUAUAGCAAAAAAAAAAAGUUCUAGUUUGGCAAUGAACUUGGUAUAUAUACGUAUAAUGGUUGUUGAUAAAUAAAGUAAAUAUGUAUUUCAUUCCUAUUUAAGUACUUGUCUCGUCAGGACGUGGGCGUGAUGAGGUACCGCGAUAAUUACUGCGGCUCGUAAUUUGUACAAUCAUUGACUAGACUUUUCAGAAGUGGUGAAGGAAUCGAAACGGCAUUGGGAACCAGUUUUGGCUAAAAAAUAAUUGCAGGAAUAAUUAUUUCCUGUGUAAUUUGAUUGAUAACUCGUAGUACACACAUUGUAAACACCAUACACUUUUAGUAUUAUUAUAGGUGCGAAUACGAAAACACUUCGAAUCUAUUUAGAGAAUGAUAAUUAUGUCAAGGCCUAUAACGUUUGAAUGCUCAAAUUGUUUGCAAUAUUUUAACCGGUUCAUGUCAAUCACAAAACGUUAUUGUACGUACGAAACUCGACCGUCCUCUGCUGUAGUUCGAGUCCGGAGCUCAUCGCAUGAGUACUAACGCUCAUGGCAAACGAGCGGUGCUAAUCGAUAGGUCCGAUACCUAUCCUUUCUACGAAAAUAUCGUAACCAAAUCAAACCAUAAACCACUUGCUGUAUUUCUCGCAUAGAUAAUAAUUUCUAUGGCGACGGUUAAAAGAUGGACCGCGGUUUCUUUGAUCUUGUGGCUGUCGGUUGACCUGCCGCUCGGGGAGGCUGCCCGAAUUCUGGCAGUCGAAACGGUAGCUGGCAAGAGCCACUGGUACUUCAUGAGAUCGGUGCUCAGGUCGCUGACGGAUGCCGGACACGAGGUCACGGUUUUCACGCCGUUUCCCGAAGGCGACCGGGCCAACUACACGGAAGUGGAUACGUCAGGAGACUUUCCGAUGAAGCUCGACUUGGAUGUAGUGCAGAUGAUCCGGGAAGCAGGCAACCCCUUCACAUUAAUCAAUGCCAUGUCCGGAGCGAUUCGAUUCUACUGCGACGCGGUAUACGGCAACCAAAAACUGGCCGACUUGAUGGCUUCCGAGGCACGCGACCGGUACGAUCUACUAUUAAUCGAGCCAUUGGGCUUUGACUGUGUUUCGUACCUGGCCAAUGAUCUAGGUCUACCUGUGAUCUACUCAAUUCCGUCGCCGAUGAUCACUUAUGCCGAGCGGAUGUUCACCGGUCACCUGUCUAACCCGGCUUCCGUGUCCAACUUAUUGGCCAACCACGCCGUGCCCGGAACAUUUUUCCAGAGGUUUACCAACACGGCUCUGUUGUCAUACGGCUUGGCCAGGGCACAGUACGACCGGAUGGUCACUUGGCUUACAGACUCGAAACCGUACGAUCUGGCACCGACUAUCAACCCCUCCAUCAUCUUCCAGAACAGUCAUUACGCCAGCGAAGCCUCGAGACCGGUCACUCCGAACGUUGUCUACGUUGGUGGUAUACACCUGACACCCGCCAAAACUAUACCAAAAGACAUAUUAGAUUUUAUCGAAGAUUCACCACAAGGAGUGAUUUUCUUCACAUUCGGUUCCACGAUUAAAGUGUCAUCGUUGCCUGAAUAUAUAGAACGGUCGUUUAAAGAAGCGUUGGCCGCUGUUCCUCAGAGAGUUUUGUGGAAAUACGAAGGUGAAAUGAAGGACAAACCGGAAAACGUGAUGACGAGAAAAUGGUUUCCUCAACGAGAGAUACUAUUACAUCCGAAAGUUAAACUAUUUAUCAGUCACGGAGGUAUAUCCGGAGUGUACGAAGCUGUGGAUGCCGGUGUUCCUGUACUGGGAUUUCCAAUUUUUUACGAUCAGCCAAGAAAUAUUGAAAAUUUGGUCUUGGCUGGAAUGGCGAUAUCCAUGGACCUAUUGUCGGUAACCAAAGAAAAAGUGUCUAAUGCCAUUUCGGAACUCAUCGACGACGAAAAAUACCUGACAAAUGCUAAAAUUACUUCUGACCGAUUCAAAGACCGACCGAUGACCCCACAACAGUCGGUCGUUUAUUGGACGGAAUAUGUGAUCCGUCACAAAGGCGCGCCACACUUGAAAUCUCACGCUCUGAACCUUACGUGGUAUCAAUACCUUCUGUUGGACGUAAUGGCCGUAUUGUUGAUUUUUGUUUUCCUAGUCACAUUUGUUGUCUUUAAGGUUUUCAAAUGUAUAAAAGCUUUUAAAAAUAACAAAGUUAAAACUCAGUGAGUCUAGUAGUCAACGAUUGUCAUUUGUCAUGAUAACAAAUACCGCACUAUUGCCUGUUGGAUACGAAUAGUGUUAAGUAUUUGUCUAUUACUAUUAUUCCUAUUAGUUUUUAAAUUGUUAUUAUUUAAAUUUGUUUUUACUAUUAUUAUUGUUUUGAUGUGAUUGUUAUGGUUGUUAACUGUUCUGCAUCCCACGAUGGACGGAUCACUAAGAAUAAAUAUAAUUGAAAUCGAAAAGAAAAACUGUUUUGUGCAUUAUAAUUAUAGAUGUUACCGUAUAAUAGAAAUCGUUUUUAAGGACUAA